AUGAAGCAUGGAAAGAUUUUGCGGUGGCCGUUCGGCCGCUGCUUGAGGAAUCGUUGGGCGGUCGCAGGGGAGACGGAAAAGCCAGCUUGGGUGUGGAUCAUGGGGAUGACAUGGAAACUGACCAGCACCUUCUGUUUAGCUUGUGCCCAGUGUGGUUACCCCGCUGCCAAGUUGAGGUCCUUCAACUGGGGCCAGAAGGCUAAGAGGAGAAAGACCACCGGUACCGGCCGUAUGUCUCACCUCAAGGACGUCAACCGACGAUUCAAGAACGGCUUCCGAGAGGGUGGUGCCGCCACCAAGAAGGCUUCCGCCUAA